GAGUAUUGUGGGUGUCAGUAAGGAAGUAAAAUGGCGGACCUGGCAAACGAAGAGAAGCAUGCCAUAGCCCCACCAGUGUUUGUGUUCCAGAAAGAUAAAGCUCAGAAGAGAUCAGUAGAAGGGUCCAGUGCGGAGGAUGGAGAAGACUCUGAUAAAGAUGAGAGUAGUUACUGUCCCCCGGCCAAGAGGGAAAGGACAUCGUCACUAACACAGUUCCCACCCGCACAUUCAGUUUCUAAGAACAAUGUGUUCAUGCCAUCCAGUUUCUGUCAGUCCCCGACAGGAAAUAAUAAUUCAGAUUCAGAACCUGAGGAGAAAACGGUUGGGUUUCGCCUGAAGCCUCCCACCCUGAUCCAUGGACAGGCUCCUAGUGCAGGUGUCCCAAGCCAGAAACCCAAGGAGCAGCAGCGCAGUGUACUACGACCAGCAGUACUGCAGGCCCCUCUGGCCACCAAAUCACUAACCCAGACCGGGUUGAACAGUGGUACAAAUGGAGUGGACAGGUCAUCAGAGGGUUUACCAGUUACCCAGAACAACACAGAGAAGUGUGAUGACACGACCACGUCACAGAUUGAGCAAAGCAGUGAACAGAAAGGCUCUACAUCAGCAGAAUCAGGGGAAACCAAUUAUUUCCUACAAUACAGAAGCACUCCCAGCUUACAGAAGGCUGAGAACAAGGCUGAUGACGGGGAUAAGUUUGUGUUUGGACAGAACAUGUCGGAUCGUGUCCUGAGUCCGUUGAAAUGUGAACAAGCAGCCGAGGGCAGCAGAGAUCCCCCUACCGCCCCGCCCUGUGAGCUCCCGUCAAAAGACAGCAGCCCUGAUAAAGAUAACAAUGUGACAGAGUCUUUGGAGGAGUCGGCGGCAGCCUACACCAAAGCCACAGCCAAGAGGUGUUUGUUAGAGAAAGUAGAGGUCAGAACUGGAGAGGAGUCGGAGAGUAACGUUCUUCAGGUCCAGUGCAAGUUAUUUGUGUUUGACAAAGCUUCCCAGUCUUGGGUUGAGAGAGGCAGAGGACUGCUAAGGCUCAAUGAUAUGGCUUCCACAGAGGAGGGAUCGUUACAGUCCAGGCUGGUGAUGAGGACCCAGGGCAGUUUGCGUCUGAUCCUCAACACCAAACUGUGGCCACAAAUGCAGACGGACAAGGCCAGCGAGAAGAGUGUCCGCAUUACAGCCAUGGACACUGAGGACCAGGGGGUCAAGGUCUUCCUCAUAUCGGCAAGCUCUAAGGACACAGGGCAGCUGUACGCAGCGUUGCACCAUCGUAUUCUGGCCCUGCGGAGCCGCUCAGACCAAGAGCCAGAGCCCAGGGUCCCCAUCCCAGAUGGCCACAUCCCUCAUCCCCAGUCUAACGGGGAGGAUAGUGAUGAGGACGAACCGCUCACACCCACUGCCAACACUACAGAGGGUCCAGAGGCCCAGUCCUGCGGGACUGGCAGUGGGAGUGGGUCUUCAUAGCACCUGCCCCCCUUCAUCGGCUCACGCACUGCAGUCAGGACCACCUUACAGACCCCUCCAUGGACACCUCAGGCCAGCAUCUCCCCAGUGGUCUGAGGUCACAGUCGAGCGCCAGGAAGGAUCCUAUGCAGGUGUUACUAAGUUAACUCUGCAGUUCAUACUCUGGAUUCACAGUUUAUCUGGGAUGGAUGGUCUUUUUUGUUUAGUAUUUGUCUUCUCUUUUUUUUUACCUCUAGAACUGGAUUUUGGGGGGAGUGGGGGGGGGGUUGUUAAUUGGAUGCUCAUCAUAUUGAUGAGUCUGAGGGAACGAGAAAGCAGUUUUCUUCUCUAGCUGAUAUAAGUACAUUCUAAAUAGUUUGCUGUUAAAAGUGGGACUUUAACCACCUUGCAAAAGAACAGACCUCAGGCACUUCAGUGGGGCUUGUAUUUUGUUCAGCGAGGUAAAGAUUGAGUUGCCUAGCAAAUAUUUGUUUAUAAAGUCUUUUUUUUAUUUCACAGAGUUUUGUCAUUGAAGAGUGUCUGAACUCUUACUUCAAGUUGUAUUUUUCUAAGGCAAAAUGCUUGCACACACUCUAGCUAGGAUUAGUCCAUCAAUACCACCUCUGGCCACUGUUAGUUUUUAGUCUGUCGUCCACAUUGUCAUUUAUUUUUUUUACCACAAAUCGGUUGAAUUUAAAAUCCCUUGUGCAAACACCUGCUUCGAUGUUCGUAGCCAUAAAAUAUUUAAUUAAAUAGUGGGAUUUACCUGUGUUCAUGAUUAUUAUUAUUACUGGUACAUUACGGUUUUAUUGAUAGUUAAUAUUAUCGACUUUGCUUUUGAAAUUCAUGCGAAAAUGAACUAAUUCUGUAAAUAAGAAAGCUUGUUGGAUUUGAUAAUUUUACAACAGGUUUGCACCAUGACCCCAAAGUUUACCCUGAAUAUAGCCGUUAGAUUUGUUUGUUUCAAAUAUAUAAUCAUUUUUUAGAUAGAUCAGAUAAAUAUAUAUGUUCUCAAAUAUAUAUACAUAUAUGGAAGAAACCCUUUCUAUGUUUGAGUGGUUUACAAUUAUGUAAUUAGUUUUAAAUAAGUUCCAAUCACAAGGCUUUGUGUAUAACAUCCACGAUCUCAGAAUCAUAUAAGACCAUUGCAACAACAACAAAAUCCCUAUUUUUUUCAUGCGAUCAGAAAGGCCCAUAUAAUCACUUUUAGGUUAGGGUGUUGGCAUUUGGUGUAUCUAGCAUGUCAUUAUUUGCAUCUGUCCUAAACUUGUUUGACAUCAAAACCCUACAAAAUGCACAUGUACUCUCAGAACAGCGAAUGCUGCCAUUUUAUUCAAAGAGCUAUAGACAUUGGAACAGGUGGUACUACGCACACAGGGUACAGUAUUUUUCACCAAUAGUCUGGUGCUGAGCCCUCUAUUUAUUCCUUUGUUAAAUAGAUGGCUCUGGUCUGGUGUAUUUAAAACAAACAGCCCUUAAAGAGACGUAGAUGAAUAAUGUAAUAUUUUCUUCAGUGAAGUGUAGUUCCUCUUGUUUUAAGCCUUUUUCUUCCUCAUCGUUGGAAUGAGUAAUAUUUCUAAGUUGUAUUAUAGCGUUCUACUUUUUCAUUUACUACAAGCCUUUGAUGUGAAAACAAUGUAUUUUAACUAACAAAAAGUAUACUAAGAAAAGUUUGAAACAAAAAAAAACAGGCAAGUAGACAUAUUAUUGGUUAAAAUGUAUAAAUCCUGUAAUGUAUAUUAUUGAAUAAGCAGCCUUUAAAGGAAUAAUCCACUCAAACUUUAUUUAGGUAAUUGUCAUUUCACUGUUGAUAAUGAAACAAAUUCCAAAAUAUAGUUUGUGAGUAGGUUACUCCUUUUAAGUGUAAAAAAAGGACAACUCCUUAUUUAGUACUCUUCUUCCCUGCAGUCUAUAGAAACCUCACCGUGUAAUGUGCUCCGUAAAAUUGUGUUCUCUCCAUUUUUCACAUUCUGCUUGUGUAGCUACAAACAGGACUAUUCCUAAUGGCCCAGUUUUUAAAAAGUUAUCUGGGUUUUGCCUAUCAGAUAAGAAUAGAAUGAAUAGAAUGGAAGUCCCCAUUCAAGUCAAUGUUUUGUCCAUUCUAUUCAUUCUAUUUCUAUGCAUUUAAUCUUAUCCGAUAGGUAAAAUCUAGAUAACUUAAAAAGAAACUGGGCCCUGGACAUGAAUGUAUGGCAACUUGUCUCUAUAUAAAGGGCCAGGGGCCGACGUUCUUCAGCACUUUUCCUUCUCUGUGAUAUUUCUCCCAUCAAUAUGAAUUGUUUUAAUGUUCGUAAAUGCACAUGAACUGGGGCUGUCCAUUGAUUAAUUGGCAAAGGUGGUUGAUAAUGAAGUGUUGAAUGUUGUUUACAUUGGGGUCGUUGAUGGUUAUUUGUUGGGGAGUGACUGUAAGACUGAUAUACACUUUUGUUCAUGUUCUAUUUUUUUUGCUGAAAUUUCUGUCAUGUCUGCUAUAGUUCCCUUAAAACAUCUACCUGUUU